AUUCACGUGCGUCAGAGGCAACACGUUUCGAGGAGGACACACACACACACACAAACACACACAUCUUCAAUCAUCAACACACAGCUCGUCUGUGUUUUAUCCGUGUCGCAGGUCACAUUUUUCAGCCAUCGGGUCGUUGCGUAGACUUUUCUCCAGAGUUGUGUGUUAUUCCAACAUGGGGAAAAGAAGCAGACAGCGACAGAGAAACCAGAGUGCUGCCGGCAGGGACGACAGAGACAAGGCUGGCUGGGGAGCUGGCUAUGCUGACAUUAUCAAGGAGAAUAAGCUGUUUGAGCACUACUAUAAGGAACUAGGCCUGGUGCCUGAUGGAGAAUUUGAACAGUUCAUGGAGGCGAUGAGGGAACCACUGCCAGCAACCAUCCGCAUCACCGGAUACAAGAGCCAUGCCAAGGAAAUCCUCCACUGUCUGAAGGAAAAAUACUUUAAGGAUAUUCUGGAGCUGGAGUUCGAGGGCCAGAAGAUCGAGGCUCCACAACCUCUGAGCUGGUAUCCCGAUGAGCAGGCCUGGCACACCAACAUGAGCAGGAAGAUCAUUAGGAAGUCUCCUCUGCUGGAGAAGUUCCACCAGUUUCUGGUCAGCGAGACGGAGUCGGGCAACAUCAGCCGACAGGAAGCUGUCAGUAUGAUUCCUCCUCUCCUGCUGAAGAUUGAGUCCCACCACAAGAUCCUGGACAUGUGUGCAGCUCCGGGGUCAAAGACAGCCCAGCUCAUUGAGAUGCUCCAUGCUGAUAUGGAAGUGCCAUUUCCAGAGGGCUUUGUUAUUGCCAAUGACGUGGACAACAAGCGCUGCUACCUGCUCGUGCACCAAGCCAAGCGUCUCAACAGCCCGUGCAUCAUGGUGGUCAACCACGACGCCUCCUGCAUCCCCACGCUCAAAAUCGACGUCGAGGGCAAGAAGGACAUCCUCUUCUACGACCGAAUCCUGUGCGACGUGCCCUGCAGCGGGGACGGCACCAUGAGGAAGAACAUAGACGUGUGGAAGAAGUGGACGACCAGCAACAGCCUGCACCUCCACGGGCUCCAGCUGCGUAUCGCAGUGCGUGGCGUGGAACAGCUGGCAGUGGGAGGGAGGAUGGUCUACUCCACCUGCUCACUCAACCCUAUAGAGGACGAAGCCGUCAUAGCAGCGCUGCUGGAGAAGAGCGAAGGAGCGCUGGAGCUGGCCGACAGCUCAGCUGAUCUGCCAGGGCUGAAGUGGAUGCCCGGGGUCACUUCCUGGAAGCUGAUGACCAAGGAGGGUCAGUGGUUCUCCGACUGGUCUGAUGUUCCAAGCAGUCGUCACACACAGAUCCGCCCCACCAUGUUCCCGCCAAAAGACCCAGAGAAACUUGCGAGCAUGCAUCUGGAGAGAUGUAUGAGGAUUCUGCCACAUCACCAGAACACUGGAGGCUUCUUUGUGGCCGUGCUGGUGAAGAAAGCCCCAAUGCCUUGGAACAAAAGAUAUCCCAAGCUGAGGAAGGAAGCCUCAUCCCUCUCAGCGGCCCAGUCCGGAGACUCUCCAGCGGCCUCGACCCCCGCGGACACUACCCCCCACCUUCCCGAGAGUGCUGCGGAGGAGGCGGAGGUGGAAGGCCCAGAGGGAAAAAUAGACGGGGAGGCAGAAGAGGAGGCACCCAAAGGAGCUGCCGUUGCUCAGGAGAGCACGGCUAAACAGGAUGGAGUGUGUGGCCCUCCAGCCUCUAAGAAGAUGAGGCUGUUUGGUUACAAAGAAGACCCCUUUGUGUUCCUUACCGAAGAUGACCCCGUCUUCACCACCAUACAGUCUUUCUAUGAUCUGUCGCCCAACUUCCCCAAACUCAACGUUCUGACCAGGACCCACGAGGGCAAGAAGAGACACUUGUACAUGGUUUCCAAAGAGCUCCGCAAUGUGCUGCUUAAUAACAGCGAGCGCAUGAAGGUCAUUAACACAGGGGUGAAGGUGUGGUCUCGCAACAGUGACGGAGAGGAGUUUGGCUGUGCCUUCAGACUGGCUCAGGAGGGUAUCUACACUCUUCAGCCGUACAUUCGCUCCAGGAUAAUCAGAGUGAGCGUGGAGGACAUCAAAGUGCUGCUGACUCAGGAGAACCCUUUCCUCAGCAAACUGGAGGACGACGCUCACGCUCAGGCCAAGAAACUGGUUAUGGGCAGCAUUGUGUUGAAGUAUAUUCCCAACCCGAAUACCCCAGCGGAGCCCCAGUGUCCCAUCCAGCUGUGUGGCUGGAGGGGAAAGACAUCCAUCCGAGCCUUCGUCCCCCGCAACGAGCGGUUUCAUUACCUACGAAUGUUAGGUGUGGAGGUCUUCAGAGACAAACAGGGCCUCGGGCAGAAACUGAAGGAUGAAGGGAAGGAAGAGGUGGCAAAGGACGCAGAGGAGGAGGUAGAAGCGGUGGAAAAUGAGGCAGAGCUGGACUCGGAGAACGGUGAUGAAAACGGAUCAUCGCAACCAAAGGUUGACAGCGGCAGCCAGGGGACUAGCAGCUGAGAAUGUAGAGGAGACGGCGGAGAGAAAGGAGGAUUGACUGAAGAUGUAUUAGAGCUCGAAGAGCCGUUGACCAGGUCCCAAGACCACAUUAUGUGGUUAGAGCAGGGUGAUGUGCCUCUAAGGGUCUCUGCCUCUGUUUCCCACACUGCCACUGCACACGGAUUCCCUCCCCAGAGAUGGACUCCCUUGAGAUUUAAAAAUUUUUGGAGCCCCUCCAGGAGUCAGCUUUUUAGUUAAAUGGCUUGUCUUAUUUUAUAUAGCUGUUUUUAUGGUUUAACAAAUUUUUUCCACUGACAAAGUGGCAUCAAUUUUUUUUUCAGUUGCUCAUGUUUAGAGAGGUUUAUAUUAACUGCCGUCUUAUUUUCUACACCUGUAAUUAAGCCGAAAUAUGGAGUUGAUUAAAAGUGUUGAAGGUUAA